CACUUUGUUUUAGUUUUUCCAUCUCCAACUGAUCCAACAAAGGAUGGAGAUUUCACAUUACAGUGUUCUCUGGAGAGAUUCAGAGGGUUGGGUCCUUGUCCAGAGAAGAGCCUCCUCUGGGUGGAUGAGACAGGAAGUGAGCUGCUUGGUGAAGGUGUUGGUUUCCAGUCUGGAGGACAGACUGGCUGUGAUUCUAAUCUCACUGUGAAGCUUCAGAUCAGCAGCAACAGAAGAUACACCUGCCAGUUUGUUGAGAGAAACACAGUGAAGAUAGAAGCUCACUACACACCUGUGUUUAAAGUUAUCAGGGGAGAAGGAGUCCAUAUCUACCACAGAGCUGGAGAUGAUGCUGUUCUGUCCUGUAAAAGACCUUCAUCAUCUCUCUCAUGCUCCGCUGUUGACUGGUUUUAUACGAGAGCUGAAAACAUGGAGCGUCAACAUGAAGUUCAUGGAGGAAAAGUUCAGAGUUCAGCUCGAGCUGCCAGGCUGAGGUUGGACAAUAAAUGCUCUCUGAUCAUCAACAACAUCACUGCUGAGGAUGCUGGACGUUACACCUGUCAGCUUUGGGAUGGAGGACGCUUUGACACAGAUGUGUAUUUAAACAUGAUGAGCAUCUCUCCAUCUCCACCAGGUGCUGAUCCAACAAUGGAUGGAGAUUUCACAUUACAGUGUUCUCUGGUGAGAUACAUUUGGUUGGAUUCUUGUCCAGAGAAGAGCCUCCUCUGGGUGGAUGAGACAGGAAGUGAGCUGCUUGGUGAAGGUGUUGGUUUCCAGUCUGGAGGACAGACUGGCUGUGAUUCUAAUCUCACUGUGAAGCUUCAGAGCAGCAGCAGCAGAAGAUACACCUGCCAGUUUGUUAAGAACAACACAGUGCAGGUAGAAGCUCACUAUGAGAUUGAAGGAGUUCCUGCCAACAGAACCAUCAUCAUCCUUGGAGCAGUGAUCUGUGUUCUCCUGCUGCUGGUGGUUCUUGCUGCUGUUUUUAUCAAACUCAGAAAAAUCAGAGUUAAAAAGGAUCACAGCACCACAACAGAAGAUCCAGAUUCAGCCCAUGAGAGUCAUCAUCAUGAUGAGGUGUAUUCCAUUGUGACCUAUGCCACUGUUGACCAUUUUAAGGACAGAAUGUCUAAUAAGAUAAAGAGGAGGGUUAUUUUUAAACCAUAAAACCAUGUGAAUGGGGCCGGACUGAACAGCUCCAUUAUGCACAAGGUUUGGAAACAUGUUAAAUGAUAACAUAGAUGAAAGUGGAAAGUCUUUCA